AUGCAAGAAGACUUUUAUAUGAGGAUCCAAGGAGAAAAUGAGCCGGGCGAGCCGUACAUCGAUGCCAAAAUCCAAUUGUGGAGAUGUUUGCAGCUUGGCCAACAGGGUGUGACAAAUCCAGAGCUUAGCACCAUUCGAUGUGGAUUACGACCACACAAAGAGUUCUUCCUCAAGUUGACCAUGCCGAAGACCAUUGAUGAUUUGAGGGACACAGUACGUCUUGCCGACCAAUGCAGAGCCAAUCCAUCAUCAAUGCCUGGAGGAGUGCAGCCUAUGUCAAUUCUCGGGAGUCAAUCUCCUCAAGAGGAACCACAAGGGCAAAUCGUGCACAACACCCACGGCAAAGAGCAGCAAGUAUGGGAGACAAGGAUGGACAAGCUUAUGCCACAAAUGGAAAGUUUGGUAUCCAUGCAACAAGAGGUCCUUGAGAGGAUCAGUGAAGAGCCAACGUUGUAUAUGGAUCAAGGGUGUCGUGCUGAACAUGCCAUCCAACGAGAUCUUGUUUCAGAAGCCAUUAAGAAAAACGGUGACACUGGUGCCGAAAGUUCGGGUUUUUGGAGGGGCGGCCAUUGA